AUGCCCCCAGUCAUGCCUCGUCCGCGGCCGUCCCUCCUGCUGGGGCUGCUCCUCCUGGCGGCGCUUGCCGUGUCCGUGGCCGCGGCCCGGGUCGAGUGCUUCUCGGACGAGCAGACCCGGCUGCUGAACAAGUUCGGCGAGGAGUGCAGCUCCUUCCCGGAUCUCCUGUGCGCCGAAUCCUGCACCCACCGGUAUUUCGACAUCAUGAACUGCGGCGACCGAACCUUCUGCGACAAUACGAUGAUGGCCCACAAGACCUCGUGCCAGGUGAUCGAUGGCACAUCGUACGGAGCCCAGAUCGUGGUUACUCAGCCGCCCUUCGUCUGCAACUCGGCCGGGUCGCUGGCGGGGUACCGCGCGGCUGGCAUUGCCGGCGCCCUGGGCGUGCUCCUGGCGGCGGUCCUGUCCCUGGGCCUGUGA